ACUGAGUUUCAGAGUAACUCUGUGUAUUUAAUGGAGUAUUUGCAUUACAAUCUCAAGUCUGGUCCUGCCUCCCGGCAAAUUAAAAGAAAAGGAAGACGAGGUUCUCUCCUUUGUUAGAGUUGGAAAUUGGAGCACCACUUUCUACUCUUUUAUAUACCAAGUCUUGCUUCCUACUAGUUUCAGGAACAAAUAUAUGCAUAUCCCAUAAAAAAAAAAAAAAAACCUCCAGCGGGCAUUCUUUUUCAUGUAUGUACUUUCUUGUAACCUUGUUUCAAGCAGAUAAUUGCUGGAGUUUUUGAGUACUAGCCCUGGAAUUCUUGUUUAGGAGUUUCAAAGAUCUGAUCUUUCAGCCCUUAAUAGCAAAUGUUAUCUUGUUAAGCCGUUUACUUCUGUUGACUAUUUCUGCCGUGUGCUUACUCUGUUUUGCUUUGCUUGGUCCUUUAUGUUUCUGCCUCUUGAGUAAAUGCUUAUUUUUCUGAAUUUGCUUUCUUUUUGUACUUUCUUGAUGCCCUGUUGUAGCUUUGUAAUCUUUAUUAGAUGUUGUUGAAUUCUCUUUCGUGGGGAGAGAGAGAGAGAGAGAAACAUGUACAAAAAAGGUUUUGAAUUUGGCUGCACAUAGAAAUGGUCCUCUGUUUUCUCAUCUGCAACGUAAACAUGCAUGUUAUUGCAUAAACAAAUGCUAUUUGUCUGAUGGGCGUUUCUGAAAACUGGAAUAUAGGUUCUCCUAACAAAAAGAGUUGGGAAUCGAGCUUUUAGAUUCAGCUAUCGACCAACUGGAUGUAGUAUAAUGGUUUCCUGGAAACUUUGAUUCUAAAGGGUGUUUAGUUGGUUGAAGGAUGGUUCUUAAUGCCAUAACUAUUACUCCAUUUAGUUUUAUUGGUUCAAUCCAAAUUUUGAUUCUUGAGGGUCUUUAGUCUUUCUAAAGAUGGUUCUUGAUGCCAUAUCGAGUCCUCCUUUUGCUGAUGUCCUAUCUCAGACCAUAGAGGGCAUCAUCGAGGUAGUACACACAUCCAGAUAUGUUCUCAUUGAGAACAAGAGUUUUGCUCAACUUUCAUCUUACUUAGAUCGGCUAAUUCCCCUCCUUAAGGAGUUGAAUCAGAAGGAUGCCAGAGAUUCUGAAGCAUUGAAAAUUUUGAUUGAGGUUCUUAACCGUGAGACAAAGCUUGCACAGGAACUGAUUACCGAGUGCAGCGAAAAAAACAAAUUUUAUCUCCUAAUGAACUGCCGUUUGAUAGCUAAGAGGAUGCAAAAUAUUACUAGGGAGAUAGGCCAAGCAUUGUGCUGCAUUCCCUUGGCCUCUCUUGAUAUCUCAUCAGGAAUUGAGGCAGAGAUUACUCAACUAGUCAACAGUAUGCAUGCUGCAGAGUUUAGGGCUGCCGUAGUUGAAGAAAAGAUUUUGGAGAGAAUUGAGUUGGGUAUACAGGAAAGGAAUGUGGACCGCUCAUAUGCCAAUAAUUUAUUGGUUUCCAUAGCAGAGGCCAUUGGAAUUUCAACAGAACAAGCUGUAUUGAAGAAGGAAUUUGAGGAAUUUAAAAAGGAGAUAGAAAAUGAAAGGUUGAGGAAAGAUCAUGCUGAAGCCAUGCAGAUGGAACAAAUAAUUGCUCUAUUAGAAAGGGCAGAUGCUGCAAGUACUCGUGAGGACAAAGAAAAGAAGUACUUCACAAUAAGGAAAUCCUUAGCUAGUCAUCCAUUUGAACCUCUCGAGGCAUUUUGUUGCCCAAUUACAAAAGAAGUAAUGAAAGAUCCGGUAGAGACUCCUUCUGGACAUACAUUUGAGAGGAGUGCAAUAGAGAAGUGGUUGGCUGAAAAAAAUUUCUGUCCCCUAACCUCAACUCCUUUAGACACCUCAAUGUUGCGGCCUAACAAAACUUUGAGACAGUCCAUUGAGGAAUGGAGAGAUAGAAAUACCAUGAUCACUAUAGCCUCUAUGAAAUCAAGACUGUCAUCAGAAGAGGAAGGUGAGGUGCUUGAUUGCCUGCAAGAGCUAAAGGAACUCUGUGAAAAAAGAGAAAUACAUCGGGAAUGGGUUGUACUGGAGGACCAUAUACCAAUGCUUGUUAACCUUCUCAGUGCAAAAAGUCGAGAGAUCAUAAGUCGUUCUCUUCUCGUCCUUCAUAUCCUGGCAAAGGAUAGUGAUGAAUGUAAGGAAAGUAUAGUUAAAGUUGACAAUGCAAUGGAAUCUAUUGUUCGCUCCCUUGGACGUCGUAUUGGGGUAGGGAAGUUGGCCGUGGGAUUACUACUAGAACUGGCAAAGAGUGAGUCAAUACGUGACUGCAUUGGAGAGGUGCAGGGCUGCAUAUUUUAUUUGGUGAAUCUGACAAGAAGUGAUGACAAUCAAGCUUCCAGAGAUGCAAGGGAUGUGUUAAAAAAUCUGUCAUUCUCUGAUGACAAUGUUAUACAAAUGGUCAAGGCUAAUUAUUUCAAGUAUCUGCUGCAACGUCUCUCUUCAGGAUCAGAUGAUGUCAAGAUGAGAAUGGCAAAAACUCUUGGAGAGAUGGAGUUUACUGAUCAUAACAAAUCAUCUCUGUUUGAGGAAGGUGUUCUGGAUUCGCUACUUAACUUGGUUUCGCAUGGUAAUCUUGAAAUGAAAAUGGUAGCCGUUAAAGCCAUUUUGAACCUCUCGAGCUUAACAAAGAAUGGCCAGGAGAUGAUAAGACAAGGUGCAGUACGUCCACUGCUUGAUAUUCUUUAUUGUCACACAUCCCAACAAAACUUGUGUGAACUUGUAGCUGAAACUAUCGUGCAUCUUGCUCUAUCAACUAUACGUCAAGAUUCUUCAGAAAUGGAGCUUUCCUUAUUGGAAUCCAAGGAUACCCGCCAAUUGUUUUCCUUGAUUAACUUGACAUGGCCUGCUGUACAACAGAGACUUCUCCAGGCCUUUUACACCAUUUGCCAGUCUCCAUCGGCAACUACAGUCCAGGAACUGCUGAACGAGUGCUGUGCUGUGCAAAUACUUGUUCAAUUGUGUGAUAAUCAUGAAGUGCGGGUGAAUGCGGUUAAGCUAUUAUGUUGCCUGAUCGAAAAAUGUAAUGAAGCUACAAUUACUGAGCACGUGGGGCAGAAGACAGUUCAAACCUUGCUUAGAAUCAUUGAGGAUUCUGAGAAUGAAGAAGAAGUUGCUUCUGCAUUGGGUAUUAUAGCUAACCUUCCCAUGUCUACCCCGGUGUCUAAUUGGCUGUUGGAGGGAGAUGGUCUUCGUAUAAUGUUAAGAUUCCUUCGUAGCAAAAAGCCAAAUGGUCCCUGCAAGGAUCAAUUAAUAGAGAAUGCUGUGGGAGCCUUGUGUCAUUUCACUGUUCCAGCAAAUAGGACGUCACAGCAGAAAGCAGCUGAAGCUGAUGUCAUUCCGCUGUUGGUACAGUUGCUGGAGUCAGGAACCAGCUUGACAAAAAGACGAGCUGCCAUUUCUCUUUCACAACUUUCUGAGAGCUCUAGUGAUCUAUGUCGGCCAAUCCCAAAGCAUCGCAUGUGUUGGUGCUUCCCAGCUUUGCCAGAGGCAGGCUGCCCUGUUCAUCGGGGAAUAUGUGCUGUAAGAACCUCAUUUUGCCUUUUGGAGGCUGGUGCGGUGGGCCUUUUGGUGAAGGUUCUUGGGGAGCCAGAUCCUGGAGCAUGUGAAGCUUCCUUGGAUGCUCUACUUACGUUGGUUGAAGGUGAUGGGCUACAUGGUGGUAGUAAGGUGCUGGAUGAAGAGAGAGCCAUACCCUCUAUGAUAAAAUUACUGGGGAGUUCUUCUCCCAGAUUGCAAGAAAAAAUUCUCACUUCUUUGGAAAAGAUUUUUCAAGUGCCGGAGAUCAAACAGAAGCAUGGGCCCUCGGCUCAGAUGCCUUUAGUUGAUUUGACCCAAAGGGGGAGUACCCAAAUAAAGCCUUUGGCAGGCAGGAUACUAGCUCAACUGAAUGUGCUACACGAACAGCCCUCUUAUUUCUAGCAGGAGCAUAACCUACUUAUCCUGAUGAGUACAAAGGGUUUAGGAAAUCAAUCAUCCCUAGCAAAUUGCUCCAUAAUCAGGCAGAGGUUUCUGAAGUUGGUAGCAGGUCGGGCCACCACUCGUCAUCUCUAGAUAAAGAUGGCCUUUUUUCCAAUUAGCAAUAAGCGAGAGCAGCCAUGGUUUGUUACGUUGGUUACCGCCAUUUAAUCAGGCACAGAGAGUUGACGGGCAUCUUAUGUUUGAUUUUUAGUGUAAGCUAAGGCGGCUUUUCAGUCGUGGAUGUAUGCCGGCUAUAUAUAACCGCUGACCUGAAUAUCUCUUUCAUGGCAUCACAAGAUAUGAGUUGGGUCUAGUUUAACAGCUACCUCUGCUUGUUCUGUGCUUGAAUUGUAAAUGGAGAAAGUUCCCAAAUUCCUGGAGGCCUUGAAGGAGAUACUAGUAGUCAUUUGUCAAGCUGGGGAUUUUGGAAAAUCUUGCCAACAUUCUUUUACAAUUGAUCAAGUGCGUACGUGA